CUCUAGUAGCUUAUGAAGUCUUGGCCUUUUCUGUUAAUGUUUUUCAGAAUCUCGGUCACAUUUCACCUGUGUAUUCUAGUUUUUGGAUCUGUACUUUGGCUAAUAAAGCAGUCUGUACCCUAAUGCAAUUUUACCACCAACUGAAACAUUACUACAUUUUUUUAAUUUUUGAAAAUUUGAGAAACCAGUGUUUUAGCCUUGGUGUAGUAUGAAAAAAAAAAUCUGAUAACAAAUACUUGGUAAAAAUAUUUACCAAAGAGUUUCUGAUCUGUAAUAUUAUAUGGCAUUUAAUGCAAUCCUCUUGAAAACGGGAAGUUGGAAGGAGAUACUGUAAUACUCUGAAAAGCUUGAUACUAGAUUUUAUGGUUAUCAUACAGUACGUUGGUAAAUUCCAGUAAAUAUCUCACAAUUUUCCCUCAGCUUAUCGCACUUGAUUUAUUGUAUUUCUUAUAUAUAUAUUGCAUAUAAAUAAUAAAUACGAAAUUCCAAAUCUCUGCUCUGCUUUCAUCUUUCAUGCAAACACCUUCUUUUGUGGGGUAUGUGGCAGGAAGUGCCAUUUAAAUAGAAAGCAGAAGUAAGACUUCAUUAUUUGACUCAUAAUGCUUUACUAAAAUGACAUGAGAUGCGCUACUGUUAGUCACUGUCGCCCAUUCUGCAGAACGUUCAGCGGAACAGAUAACGCAGGAUUCUUCCCGAUAAUACUUGCACUAAUGCAGGCUCAAGGGCUCCCCUGGUUAUCAGUGGUGGUACUCCUGGUGUCUUUGCCACAUUCCUUCUUGCUGGACAUGGAGACAUUUAUUCUUGACUACUCUUCCAGAAACCUUUCUGCUGUUCCCCCCGAUCUCCCACCAUCUAUUCAAUGCCUAGAUCUCUCUCAGAAUCGAAUUUUGACCUUGAACAAACAUGACUUCCAUAGAACACCCAGGCUCCAUUUUCUCAAUCUCUCCUGGAACAUUCUGGAAGAUAUACACCAAGACACAUUUAUUUCCACUCCUCUUCUGGUAACACUGGAUUUGUCCCACAACAGACUGAAAAAGCUGUCCCACCAACAAUACCUGCUGCAAGCACAAAACCUACAGUACUUGGACUUGUCAUCCAACUUGUUUGCAGUAAUGGCACUAGGGGGUGAGUUUCCCAAACUCACAAAACUUAAGUGGCUUGGUUUGAGUGCCAGGACUAUUCAGAACAACAACUUUGCGAACAUCUCUGACCUCCAUCUCCAAACUCUCUUCAUUCAGGCUCAAAAUUUGAUGGGGUAUGAAAACGGAAGUCUCACGGGUGCAAAGGCAGACAAAAUUGUUGUCCUAAUGUCUAAUAAUGUAUUUGAUCUCCCAGUAAUUGCUGACGCUUUGGCAUCCUUUAAAGAAGUAGAGCUGAGGGGGUUACACGAUCCAGAGGACUUCCUUGGAAUACUUGCGACACGCCAAGUACGCAUUCAAACAGUUAAUUUACACUUAUCUUCUGUUUGGAGUACCUGGAAGGUAAUAACAGCCCUUACCAACAGGACCUUAAUGUCAUCUAUCCGCCAGUUUAGUUUGUCUAAUCUAACCCUUCAUGAUAUGAUGGGACGUUAUUUUGUGGUCCAAGGCUACUCUUUAGAUUCUUUCAGUAUUAGACAGGCAUCAGUGACUGUGUUCCUUUUUGAUCAGCAGAGUCUAUACGACUUCAUCAUCAGUAUACCUGCAAGAAAUCUAACUUUUGCCCAGACACCAAUAGUCCAUAUGACCUGCCCAAAGGUUGUUAGCAUGAUACAGAUGCUUGAUUUAUCUGACUGUGUCCUAACUGAAAAAGUCUUCAAAGGUCUCCAUGGGGAAUGUAACACUUUGAUCAAUCUGGAGGUAUUGGUCUUGAAGGGCAAUAACCUUAGACAGUUGAUGCCACUGACUUCAAGAGUUCAACUAAUGAGCUCUUUAAGACAUGUGGACUUUAGCCAGAACUCACUGACAUAUGAGGAAACUCAGGGUGGAUGCACUUGGCCUUCUAAAAUCACCCACUUGGAUUUAUCUUUUAAUGAGUUUGACCAGACUGUUUUUAAGUGCUUGCCGAAUGCUCUAGUCAAUCUCAACCUCCAGAACAACCAUAUCAGUGCAAUUCCAGCAAAUAUUUCUGGUCUGGACUCUCUCAAAAUUCUAGAUCUUACGGCAAAUCGUCUGCUGGAUCUCCCAGACUGCCUGGGGUAUCCAAAAUUGCAGAAACUUGUGCUACGUGGCAAUUUCCUUCAUGCACCAUCAACAGGCUCUCUCAAGACCUGUUCACACCUAACUGUAGUGGAUAUCAGUAUGAAUCCCUACAUCUGUACCUGCCCUUUGAGAGAAUUCACCAACCUUAUUGACGACAAGGGUACACUGGGUGGCUCAAAUUCUUGGAAGAACCAAAGGAUUACCGUUGCUCAUUGGCCAGAUGGGUAUCAAUGUAGUUACCCGGAGUACUGGAGAAAAGCAAUGCUUAAAAACUUCAGUCUGCUUGAGAUCACCUGCAACGCCGGACUGCUGGCAGUAACCAUUUUGCUCCCAGCCAUAAUUUUGGUCAUUACUGUAGGAAUUCUAUGCCAACAACUAGAUCUUCCUUGGUAUAUGGGCAUGAUUUGGAAAUGGACUCGUGCAAAGCACCGUGCCCGAAGUUCCCAGCAACGACCAGAAGAUCUUGAAGGAGUACGCUACCAUGCUUUCAUUUCCUAUAGCCAAAGAAAUGCCAACUGGGUUAUAGAUCAACUCUUGCCCAAACUUGAAGGUGAGGACUCUACGACCCAAAAUGGACUGAGGGUUUGUCACCAUGAGCGAGACUUCAUCCCGGGAAGGCCAAUCUUAGACAACAUCCUCCGGUGCAUAGAACAAAGUAGAUGCUGCGUCUUUGUGCUGUCCUCUCACUUUGUGCAGAGUGACUGGUGUCACUACGAGCUGUACUUUGCAAGCCACCAGUGGAUAACACGAGGUAUGGACAAUAUCAUUCUCAUUCUGCUAGAGCCAUUGCCUACAUAUCUUAUACCCUCUAAGUAUCACCAGCUAAAGGCAAUGAUGGCCAGACGCACUUACUUAGAGUGGCCCCAGGACAAAGCUAAACAGAGAAUGUUUUGGGCAAACCUUCGUGCGGCACUGCAAGCGGAUCUACCCCAUUCUGUUGAGAGAGAAUGGGAAUGAGAGGACAAAAGAAUUCUA